AGAGAGAAAGAGGGGCUGAACUGAAGAAAGUGGCGACCAUUAACGCCGAGGAAGAAGGAGAGACGCGGAACAGUCGUCUCCAGGUGUUCUUGUCGUCGUUGUUUUCGAGUCUAGGAGGAGUUUUUGGCAGUAACGGUCAAGAAAAUCAAGAUCUUGAAAUGGCUUCCAGAGCCGUUGUUGUUGGGCCUCACCAACUACAAAGAGAGGAAGGCAAGCAGAAGAAGGUAGCAGCAGAGGGGAAAAAUAGGCAAGUUCUUCAAGACAUUAGUAACCUAGUAGUAACUGCUCCUGCUGCCCAAGGGAAGAUCCAUGCUAAGCUUCCUGCCCCAUUAGAGAAGAACAAGAAACCUGUCGUAGAAGUAAUUAAUGGGGGGCUGACGGCUGGAAAAUCCGGUGCUGCAAAGAAAGCUCUGGCAGCUGUAAAGGAGAAGAAUGCUGUUAGUGGAAGGAAAUCUAGAGAAGGAGCCUCAAGGAAGAAUGCCAGGGCCUUUACAUCAAUUCUCAGCGCCCGAAGCAAAGCUGCUUGUGGACUCACUAGUAAGCCAAAGGAUCCAAAAGUGGACAUUGAUGCAGCUGAUGCCGAUAAUGAGUUGGCAGUAGUUGAAUAUUUGGAUGAAAUCUACCAGUUUUACAAGCUCACAGAAGAUGAGAAUCGCGUGCACGAGUACAUGGCUUUACAGCCAGAAAUAAAUCCCAAGAUGAGAUCAAUCCUUGUAGACUGGUUGAUAGAAGUUCAUCACAAAUUUGAACUCAUGCCAGAAACCCUCUAUCUUACCAUAGACCUUGUCGAUCGAUUCCUUUCGGUUAAAGUUGUACCAAGGAGCGAGCUUCAGUUAGUUGGCAUCAGCUCAAUGCUUCUUGCAAGCAAAUAUGAAGAAAUUUGGGCACCAGAGGUCAACGACUUUGUCUGCAUUUCAGACAAUGCUUAUGGUAAAGAAAAGGUGUUGGUGAUGGAGAAAGCAAUCUUGGGUAAGCUGGGAUGGUGCCUAACAGUUCCUACAACUUAUGUCUUCCUGGUGCGCUAUAUCAAAGCAUCAUCUGCUCCAUCUGAUGACGAGUUGAUGGAGAAUAUGGUGUAUUUUCUGGCUGAACUGGGUCUGAUGGACUAUUCUGCUACGAUUCUCUACUGCCCUUCAAUGAUGGCUGCUUCGGCUGUUUAUGUUGCUCGAUGCACCCUUGACAGGACCCCUUUCUGGACUGAGACUCUCAAACAUCAUACUGGCUAUUCUGAAGAUGAGCUGAUGGACUGCGCAAAGCUGUUGCACACUUUUCAUUCCGCGGCUGCAGAGAGUAAGCUCAAGGCAGUCUAUAACAAGUUCUGCAGCCCAGAGCAUGAUGCCGUGGCUCUUCUUUCACCGCCCGGCGGUAACCUUUCCGCCAAAUAAACCACCAUGAUAUUAUUGUAUUCUGAUGGCCAUGAUUAACUGGCUCCUCUAGUUAGAAGUAUGGGAAUGGGAGAUCAUUUUGCUGUUAUGAUCCGCAGCUGUUGGCUGCUAUUGUUGUUACAGACUUACAGCCCAGCAUUCUUUCUUUGUAAUAUUUUCGAUAUUCCUUUAAAUGCUAAUGCCACAAAGUUCUUGGUCU